AUGGAGUAUACUACGUAUAACGCGAGUACCCACGACGUCGAGUUCAACGACCAUGGCGUGAUUGUGCUCGGCAGCGGAGUCUACAGAAUUGGAUCUUCCGUCGAGUUCGAUUGGUGUGCUGUCAACGCUACUCUCUCCCUCAAGGAGCAGGGUAAGAAGACUGUCAUGAUCAACUACAAUCCUGAGACCUACAGUACAGACUUCGACGUUGCCGACAAGCUCUACUUCGAGGAACUCUCUUACGAACGUGUCAUGGAUAUCUACGAACUCGAAUCUGCCCAAGGUGUCGUCGUCUCUGUCGGUGGUCAACUCCCUCAGAACAUGGCUCUCAAGCUCCAGGAAAGCGGCAAGGCCAAGGUUCUCGGUACCGACCCCAAGGACAUUGACAAGGCCGAAGAUCGUAAACAAUUCUCUGCCAUCCUCGACUCUAUCGGUGUUGACCAGCCCGCUUGGAGCGAACUCACUUCCUACGCCGAAGCCCAGCAGUUCGCCAACAAAGUUGGUUACCCUGUUCUUGUUAGACCCUCUUACGUCCUGUCUGGUGCUGCCAUGACUGUCAUCCGCUCCGAGGCCGAACUUGAGGAGAAGCUCAACGCCGCCGCCGAAGUCAGCCCUGACCACCCCGUCGUAAUCACUCAAUUCAUCGAAGGUGCUCGCGAAAUCGAUGUCGAUGCUGUCGCUCACGACGGUAAGGUUCUUGUCCACGCCGUCAGUGAGCACAUCGAAAACGCUGGUGUCCACUCUGGUGAUGCUUCUCUUGUUCUCCCUCCUGCCAAGCUCUCUGAGGAUACCAUCAAGCGCGUCAAGGUCAUUGCCGACAAGGUUGCUAAGGCCUGGAAGAUCACUGGUCCCUUCAACAUGCAAAUCAUCGACGCCGACAACCCCAACGGUGGUGAAUCUUCCCUCAAGGUCAUCGAGUGCAACCUCCGUGCUUCUCGUUCGUUCCCCUUCGUUUCCAAGGUUCUCGGUACCAACUUCAUCGAUGUCGCUACUCGCGCUCUUACCAGCACCAACGUUCCCGAGCCUGUCGACCUUAUGUCUGAGAAGCGUGACUACCUCGCUGUCAAGGUUCCUCAAUUCUCUUGGACUCGUCUUGCUGGUGCCGACCCCUACCUCGGUGUCGAGAUGUCUUCUACUGGUGAAAUGGCUUGCUUCGGUACCGACCUUGUUGAGGCGUACUGGACUGCUGCUCAGUCUAUGAUGAACUUCCGCUGCCCCCAGCCUGGUGAGGGUCUCCUCUUCGGUGGAGACAUCACCAACCCCGACCUCGCCAAGAUUGUCGACUACGUCAACCCUCUCGGUUACAAGCUCUUCGCUGCCAACGAGUCUGUCAAGAACCACCUCGAGCAGAACUCCAAGGACGGCAGUGUCAAGGUCGAAGUCAUUGAAUUCCCCAAGGAGGACAAGCGCGCUCUCCGUGAGGUCUUUGAGAAGUACGACAUCCGUGGUGUCUUCAACUUGGCCAAGGUCCGUGCCAGCAGUCUUGUUGAUGAGGACUACGUUAUGCGUCGUAACGCCGUCGACUUUGGUGUUCCUCUCUUCAUGGAGACCAAGACUGCCGUUCUCUUUGCUCAGUGCAUGAGCGAGAAGCUUCCCAAGCCCGAGGGCAUUCCCUCCGAGGUUCGCCCUUGGGCCGACUUCAUUGGUGGUCGUCCCCUGUAA